GAGAGGAAGGGUAAUGGGAGCAUAAGGAAGAUAAAAUUGGUGAUGAGGGCAGCAAGGAAGGCAAUCCAAAGAGCUAAUGAAGUAGAGGUAACGAAGACAGCAGCGGCCAUUGCAUGAGGUGAAGGUUAGCGGACUGGGUGCGUGACAGAAGUAGGGCUGUUACUUUUUGCUUCAGACAGAGGGGAAGACGUGAGCACGGGUGUCAUACUCCAGCUGCCCCUGCCCUCCAAAGUUAGUUUUACAUGGCACUGUAAUUCCCACACCCCAGGAGCUGGCUUUCCCCCAGAUCCACAGCUUUGCUGAGCUUUUCCAGCCACACCCACACACAGCCUUUCCACCCCACACCCCAGCUUUACCAACCGCUGAGAUUAUUUUGGCCUGCCGGUGCUCUGCGCUCACCACUUCCCACGCAUACCAGCCUGCCCAGGUCACUGGUACUACUGGGGUACCUGUAACAGUGGCUGGUACCAAAAAUGAGGAAAUGUCCUAGGAAUAGAGUGCAGACUCUCUCCUUUACCUGGGUCCUUCCACCCUGAGGACCCCACAGACACGUUUGGAGGAAAAAAAAAAAAAAAAAAAAAAAGGAUAGUAGCCUGCAAAUUAGUUUAGCUCUAGUUCCUGCAACUUUAAAUCAGCAGGGUCAGCAAGCCCUAGACUAGCCUACUCACCUAUGGGGACUAAUCAUUUUUGUUCUGCAUGCCAUGACCAAUCCCCAGGCUGGCAGGGAUUGCAUGAGGGCUACAGACAGUGGAAUCUAAACCACCUGCUCCUGGAGGUGGGAAUGUAUCAUUCUUCAUCAACCUCAACUCAAACAGCCAUAAUGGUUUAUAUGUUAACAGUGGAUGUGGCACAAGUUAGAAGUACAGGCAAUUCUUUUUGGAAAAGCAAUGCAAAAUCUUGUUUUAGUGAAGCAGAACGGCACACCUAAAUAAACAAGGCAAAUUGUCAAAAAACAAAUACUGGCAAGCAGAAUGAAAGCCUACCUAUUGUUUACUUGUACAUACACAUAGUCCGCGGAUUCAAUUGGUGCAUUGAGAAUAAUGUAACAUAACAAAAUGGUUGGUCAAACAAACUUUGAACCAUGGUGUUUCCUCAGUCCUUCUCUUCUCUGGUCUGUUCCCCUCAUUCACACACACACUCAGUGUGCUAUUUCAUCAGCUACCCCUUUGCAGCAGUGCUGACAGAGAACUGAACACCUCGUUCUAUAGUCCUCCUUUCCUUCCAAGAAAAACAUAUGUUACUCACUCCACGUUAGCCAUAAAGAUUCACAAAAAUUAUGGGGCUGUGAAAUAGCUUGACUCCUUACACAGUUUGCUCUGGUUUACUGUUUUAGUUUUCUUUACCCUAUGCCAGUUUGUGGCUGGUGGUGUACUGAGGAACUCCAUUAACUAUUCUGAUUUGAACUAGUUCAUAUUCACUCUUUUCAAACUAUUUGGUUUGUCAUAAAGCUGCUGAGAAGAGGAGAAACACCUAAGAUUUAUCGCCCAAUGCCAUUUUUACAAGAUUUUUCAAAAUUUACAAAAACCAGUUUAAAAGCCCCAAACCCUCAGGCUUACAGGUAAACAAAUAUGUUCUCCUUCCUUCCUAUGAAUGUGUUAUUACACUGCCUCAUGCUCCCCUCGCUUUUUGGUCUGACACCCACCCACCCCACCCCCAAAUCUGAAAAUGAAUGACAGGGCUUUCUAAAGCAUGAGGAGACAUAAUAGUACAAAGCAUCUGUUUAUAAAACAAAAUGAUAGAAACAGGUCUAAUUUCACGUUAAAAGCACCACCUAUGUUGUACUAGAAACAACUGAAAUGGAAAAAAGUGUUGAUGUGAUAACAGAAGAGCAAAUCUACGUGUCCGAGACAGUUUGGGUCGCUUUGGGAAGGUGACUGAAUACAUAGCUCUUCAAUAUGUGGGUUAGAAUCUGGCACACAACCAGUAGUCCAUUAUCAAAGGCACUAGAUAGAAAUUCUGUAUCAUAAGGAAGAUGCAGCAAAUAAAUCCUGAACCUUACACCUAGGGAAUGUUUCCCAUGGAACUUAGAUAUGAGAACUGGAGUUCUGGGUUACUUAAGAUUUGGGAGAAGUUAACCUAGUCAUCACAGAGACAUAAGGCUCUUUCUCUCUGGAGUUGCAGGGAGGUGCUACUGGCCCUUAGAUAGCUGUUGUGUUCCACCAGGCUAAUGGCACAGAUCACUGCUGCCACAUGCUGUGUUUAAUGCAGUUUUAAGACCUGUGAGAUCUUUCUGAAUAAAAGUAUGAAAAAGUAAAAUGCUGAUAAUGUAUUCAUCUACACAGAAUUAAAUAAGAGUCAAAGAAUAGCAAUAGACUUUUGCCCAUUGUGUUCUCCAAAGUUAGUUACUUUUUUCUUUUGGAAAGCAGUGAUUUCAUGUGCUUUUGUUACAAAUUCAUGUUUCUGAAGGUAAGCACUUCUAAAAAUCUAUUGAUGUCAUGAUUUGAUUGUAUCAAAGUGGUGUUCUCAAAUAGAACCCUCUCUUCCCCCCCCCCCUUUGUUCAAAUACUUGAGUAAAUCUGAAACUUUUACAUGGACAUGUUGUACCCAACAUUCACUUCUGUUCACAAAAAAUUCUUUAGUUUUGCUUUAGCUUUGCAUUAUGUGUUCAAGAAAAAAAGCAGAACUGGAAUGUGAGACUACUUUAAAAUAUCAGCCUCCUUUACUUUUAUAUAUGCAUUUCUGUGAAUACAGAACAUGUGCUCAUCUAACUAACAAAAUCCUGUUAGAAAAUGCUACAACUGUAAAUAGCCAACACCGAAAAUAAACUCAGUUAACACGCUCUACUAUCCUUAUGAGUGUUCAAACAACUCCCACUAAUGCUUACAUGCUGAAACUCCAUAGAAGAUAUUCUCCCUCAAAUGCCUGAUCACACUGAGGGCAGAUUCUAGUUCAAUGAGCUUUAAAUAAAUUAACAUUCAUUAGAGUUAUGUAUUGAGCAUGGAAACUCCAUUCUCCUUGCCCUCUCUUCCCAGCCCUAAUUUUUUAAAUGCCUCAUUAUAGGUGCAUUUAAAUGCCUCUGCUCUGUAUGCUCCUUUUUUUUUUUCUGAUACGUAACCUAUAUUACCCAAAAUAACUAAAGAUUCUUGUGUUAACAGAAUUCAUUUACAAAUUAAUUAUAGCAAGAGGGAUCAGAAGCUAGCAUUUUCCUCAAGAAAUAAUGUGUACUGUGCCAUGAAAAUUAUCCAUACAUAUAUGAAGCCCUGCUGUGACUUGACUAACUGCAUUUUCUCCCCAACUUUUCCAAUUUUUGUGUGACUUGUCUAGUCCAAAAAAUACACGGCUGUUUUUUAUUUGUUUUCAUUAUUUAGAUUUCAGGUUAAUCUCCUGUAUCAUAAUCAGCUUUCUGUUGUAUUCUUGUAUUUUCCACCCUUGUAUUCAUCUGUUUCUGUCUGGCUAGCUAUAACAUCUCAACAGACAAUGAAACUCACAGAUUCUGAACAACCAGGAAAACACCUUCUUACAAAUAUAGAGCAUCAAUAGAAUAGUUCAAUUCUUAUUUAGAAAGGAAGUUAGGAAUGACUUUGCUGCACCAGGCAGUCUCUUCCUGUACCCUGUCUGAAAAUUAUAGCUACUAUACAGCCACAACAGGCAAGCUGGGAUCGCCCCUUUCUGGACUUUUCUUCACAGCUAACUCACGGACAAGAGGAAGCCAUUUUUCAUCUCAUGAAAACCAUAUUCCUUGAUAUGGGGUAAUCAUGAAACUCUGCUUUCACUGUUGAUGUUCAAGAGGGGGUACACAGUUUGUUAGAAGAUAAGAAAAGGCAUAUACUCACAGAGAAAAACUGCCAACUUAUAUGCCACAACUCUCUCUGUGUAGGUACUAAGCAGUUCACUUUAAAUUUGAACUUGCUAUUUUAUUAAGCAUUUUGAUUUUCCUAUCAGGAGUUCCAGAAAAAUAGGCAAGAACCAGUGGAAAACUCUGUGGCUUCCUAAUCCUUUGAAUGUGAGAAAGCAAUACCUACAACUAAUCAUAAGCAUGUCAGUCUGGAAGAAAGACUAAAAAUUUUAUCUGGUUGUCUGGUCACUAUUACUGCCUAAAUAAACGCCGUGUGACUAAUGCUGCUCAUCUGCACAUAGUUUUGGAAUGAAGGAAGUUAAGCUUUAAAACAGCUGCCGUAACUGAAAAUAGUCUCUUAAUAAGAAAAGGCCAGUAUCUGUGAAUGCAGUCAAGUGCCUCUCUAGAGAGAGCCCUUUCAUUUAGCACGCACACAGUUAAAAUAUAAGUGGAAGAGGAGGUGAGAAAUUCCACUGACCUCCCAACAACACUUCAGAAACAAUUUUUCAUUAGCUGCAUUUAUAAAACAGUUAGCACUUCACCAGAGCAUCUCUCAGCCACUUCUGGUACACCUUCAGAGCUUGAAUUCACAGCCUGGUCUUCUGCCAAUCUGGAGCUACAGCCUGCAGCCAGAUAGGCCCUAGCUCAGCCUGAACCUAAAGCCAGGUGUCUUCCAGUCCAACCACCUUUAGCAGUUGAACCUGCACUAUUUAUUCACUUGAGAAGUCUCACCCAAGCAAGGAGCUGUGAGAUUUAGGCUACUGAUAAAUUUAGGCACAUGUUUUGGUGCUGACCUGGAAGCUCAGGUCUGCUUUAUUAACCCACUCCUCUCCCUUCCAAAUAAUUGGUACUGAUACAGAAAUAUUAGUAUUAAAAGUUUCUUUUUCCUGCUGUUCACAGGCCCUAUGGACAAGGACUAUGGGGAGCUACCACCAGGAAAUGUUGUAAACAGGAGUGGAAAAUUGAAAAUAUUGUCACUGGUUUAAGUAAAGAAGAUGUCUCUGCAUCACUGCUCUUACACUCAAGCUCCAGAAGAAAAGGAUGCAAUCAAAGGACAAUAUGAAAAACUCAUGGAUGCUUAUGGCUGCUUAGGAGAGCUUCAGCUUAAAUGUGGUAACACUCGGCUGCACUUUCUGGUCCUGGUGACAGGCUGUACAUCGGUGGGAAAAAUCCUGGACGCUGAAGUUUACAAAAUUACUGCAACAGAUUUCUGUCCUCUCCAGGAAGAAACCAAGGAAGAGGAGCGCGUUACUGCCUUGAAGAAAAUACUGAACUCUGGGAUGUUCUAUUUCUCCUGGCCUAAUGCAGGCUCAAACUUUGACCUGACUGUGCGGGCUCAGAAGCAGGGUGAUAACCACUAUGAAUCUGGUAACUCGUUCUUCUGGAACCAACUAUUGCAUAUGCCCUUCAAACACUACCAGGUGAACUGCUCUGACUGGUUGCUGAAAGUGAUCUGUGGUGUAGUGGACAUUCGCACUGUUUAUGCUUCCCACAAGAAGGCAAAAGCCUGCCUCAUCUCUCGCAUCAGCUGUGAGCGAGCUGGUGCCCGGUUUCACAUUCGAGGGGUCAAUGAUGAUGGACAUGUAUCUAACUUCGUUGAGACAGAGCAGACAAUUUACUUGGAUGAUGAUGUCUCUUCCUUUGUGCAGAUCAGAGGUUCUGUUCCACUGUUUUGGGAGCAACCGGGGCUUCAGGUGGGUUCUUAUCAUCUAAGGCUUAACAGAGGUCUGGAAGCAAAUGCUCCUGCCUUUGACAGGCAUAUGAUGCUUCUGAAAGAGCAGUAUGGAAAACAAGUGAUCGUUAACCUGUUGGGAAGCAGAGGAGGGGAGGAGGUGCUCAACAGAGCUUUUAAGAAACUGCUAUGGGCCUCUUCCCAUGCGGAAGACACUCCCAUGAUAAACUUUGACUACCACCAAUUUGCAAAAGGUGGGAAAACUGAGAAACUGGAGAAUUUGCUGGGGCCUCAGCUGAAGUUGCACUGGGAAGACUUUGGAAUCUUCACAAAGGGCGAGCAUGUAAGUCCAUGUCUGCAGACAGGUACUUUUCGAAUUAAUUGUUUGGACUGCCUGGAUCAUACUAAUAGUGUACAGUCCUUCAUUGCACUGGAGAUCCUGCUUGCUCAAUUAGAGAGCCUUGGGUUGAACUCUAAAUCUAUAAUUGAGCGCUUUGUGGAAUCCUACAAAGUGAUGUGGACUCUGAACGGCCAUAAUCUGAGCAGAGUAUUUACCGGCAGUCGUGCCCUUGAGGGGAAGCACAAGGUUGGGAAACUCAAGGAUGGUGCACGCUCUGUGUCUCGCACCAUUCAGUCAAAUUUCUUCGAUGCAGUAAAGCAGGAAGCCAUCGAGUUGCUGCUUAUGGGUGACUUUUUCAGUGAGGAAUAUGCAGACAAGGGCAAGAUGCUCAUGGACCACACUGCACUGCUGGUAACUCCAAGUAUUUUGAAGGCCAUGUCAGAACGUCAGUUUGAAUUCACAAGCUUCAAGCGUAUUCGUGUUGCCACGGGAACCUGGAACGUGAACGGGGGAAAGCAGUUUCGAAGCAACAUUCUUGGUACCAGUGAGCUGACAGACUGGCUGCUGGAUUCUCCCAAGCUCUCUGGAGUUUCUGAAUUUCAGGAUGAUGAGAGCUGCCCUCCUGACAUAUUUGCAGUGGGAUUUGAAGAGAUGGUUGAAUUAAGUGCAGGGAAUAUUGUGAAUGCCAGUACAACAAAUAGAAAAAUGUGGGGAGAGCAGCUUCAAAAGGCUAUUUCCAGGACUCAUCGCUACAUUCAGCUGACAUCAGCACAGCUUGUUGGUGUUUGUCUUUUCAUCUUUGUACGCCCGUAUCAUGUCCCCUUCAUCAGGGAUGUAGCAAUAGACACAGUGAAGACAGGAAUGGGAGGAAAAGCUGGAAAUAAAGGAGCAGUGAGCAUCCGUUUUCAGUUCUAUAGUACCAGUUUCUGCUUUAUAUGCAGUCACUUAACUGCUGGGCAGACUCAGGUGAAAGAGAGGAAUGAAGAUUAUAAAGAAAUCACACAGAAACUCAGCUUCCCAAUGGGGCGGAGCGUGUUCUCACAUGACUAUGUCUUCUGGUGUGGCGAUUUUAACUAUCGCAUUGAUCUAACAUAUGAGGAAGUCUUUUAUUUUCUCAAACGUCAAGAUUGGAAGACACUUUUGGAAUUUGAUCAACUACAACAGCAAAAAUCCAGUGGAAAAAUUUUUAAAGACUUCCAUGAAGGGACUAUUAAUUUUGGACCAACAUAUAAAUAUGACGUUGGCUCAGAGGCUUACGAUACCAGUGAUAAGUGCCGAACCCCAGCUUGGACUGACAGAGUGCUUUGGUGGAGAAAGAAACUGCCUUUUGAAAAAACAGCUGGAGAGAUCAAUCUUCUAGACAGUGAUCUGAAUGCUGAAACUAAAGUCAGGCACACCUGGACCCCUGGAGCCUUGAUGUACUAUGGGAGAGCGGAGCUACAAGCAUCUGACCACAGGCCAGUGUUAGCUAUUGUAGAAGUGGAAGUUCAGGAAGUUAAUCAAGCUGCCCGUGAGAGUGUUUUCCAGGAAGUGUCAUCUUUCCAAGGACCGCUGGAUGCCACAGUAGUGGUAAACCUGCUAUCACCAACGCCUGAAGAGAAAAAUGAAUUUCCUGAGGACUUGCGUACAGAGCUUAUGCAAAUGUUUGAGGAUUACGGCACUAUUGUUCUGGUCAGGAUCAGUGGAGGUCAAAUGCUGGUGACAUUUGCAGACAGCAAGUCGGCUCUUCGUGUUAUGGAUAUAGAUGGUGUCAAAGUUAGGGGCAGAACAGUGAAGAUCCGGCCCAAGACUAAGGACUGGCUAAAGGGCCUUCAGGAGGAAAUUGCUCGAAAACGGGACAGCAUUGCCCCCAUGUCCCCCACGGCAAACUCCUGUCUUCUGGAAGAAAACUUUGACUUCUCAAGUUUGGACUAUGAGUCAGAAGGUGAUAUAGUAGAGGAUGAAGAUGAUGAUUUAGAUGAUUCUUUGUGUCAACACCUAGUAGCAGACACAGCAGAAGAUAUGCCCGAGGGCUCUGGGCAUUUUGCAUCCAUAGCUCUUUCAAACAAAUCUGGCCAAACCCCACGACUGUAUAAAGAUGAUACAGAACUGGCUGAUUUGAAGCGGGAGCUGGAGGCAAGCGGGGAACACCACCGCCGGACUCCAAGCAGGUCUUUGUCCAUUCCUACCAGGCCUCGGCCACUUCAGCCGCCACAGAGGCCUCCCCCUCCCGCUGGAACAUCAGGCAAAAAGUCCCCCUCAGAUGGUUCUCUCUCUCCAGGAAGCCACUCCACCUGCUCCAUCCUGGCAACGGCAAAGCUGCUACCUGGAGCCCCUCAGCAGCCACCUAAAGUCCGGACUGGAAUAAGUAAACCUUACAACGUCAAGCAGAUCAAAACCACCACAGCUGAGGAAGCAGAAGAAGCUAUUAGAUGUCUUAUGGAAGCUAAAGGAGGACUACAGGAAGAUGCAGUAAAACCUGCUCCAAGUAGAAACCAAACAUUCACCAAACCCGAGACUCUUCCCAGCAUCACAAAGUCGGCAUCAUUUCAAGGGUCGCAGGCAGGACCAGCGCUUGUGCCCCACCGCCCACCACCCAAAGUUCCAACUACGAAGAAGCCAGUACCUCUGCAAAGGACCGGCAUCAAGGUGGAAAAUGCCACGUCUCCAGAAGAGCCAGUUGACCAACAGACAGUACAGUCUCCUUUUGGCUUGCCAGAGCCCUGUCUAGAAGCCGGAGCUAUUCUUAGUCCGACCAGGAUUACCCCAGUCCCGAAACCCAGAGCACUGCAACCUGGGAAGCCUCAGGAAAGCCGGGGGAGCAGCGAAAGGCAGCCCCCCUCAGUAAGCACGGCUGAGGCCAUGGCACUGCCUCCCCAGAACGCUUCCUUUGCCCCAAAGGUGCCACCACGAAGAAAGAAGUCGGCACCUGCAGCUCUUCACCUGCAAGUUCUCCAGAGCAGCGACAACCCGCUUUUUAGUGGGUUAAUGUUCAACUCCAACAACAACAAUGCUGGGUUCUGUCCCUGGUCUCAGGACGCUCGUGUCCCCGUGCAGCCUGAUCUCUCAGAUCCCACGUCCUCUGCCAGCCCAGAAAACAACACAACUAAGCAGUUGGUACCAAAUGCCACAGAAUUGGUGGCCAACCUUCAGGGCCCUCCUGUACCAGCAGGCCAGCACCCACAGCUCUCAGAUACCAGCUCCCUUCCAGAGAACACCAAUCUUUUGGACCUGGAGACGGAUUCUUCCUGCCCUCUUUCCAUACAGGCGCCAUCAGCUACUUCUCCAGCACAGAGUCCAGAAAAUGUAAAACUCCCCAGCUUGAAAGAUUUCAGUCACUGGGUUACAUUUAGUGACGAUGAAGACAGCAGUGCACUGUCAGAAGGGUUCAAUAAACUGGUUGUCUUGGAACAAAACAAAAAUACCUUGAUGAAGACAAAUACGGAUUUAGAACUGUAAAAUUUUGUCCCCUUAAUGUCCUUAUAGAAAUCAUAAUUAUGAUGCAAAAUAAAAAUAAAUCUUUUGCACAAAGAUUUUUAUUUAAGGAAAUUGACCAUCUGUCCGUGCUACAUUUCAUUUUCAUGUUUAAAGGUAAAGAUACUGCCCCUGGAGGGAAGUGUAUAGAGUAGACAACCUAACAUUAGCUAUGGCUUGUUUGAAAAAUUCUGUAUUGUUAAGUUAUUUCUUUU